GGAAGGAGAUAAACAAAAGCUGCCACGCAGAUUGAUUGAACUUUCCUCAUCAUCUGGUCUCAGACUAAUUUUGUUUGUGCUUCGUCGAGCACUAUUCAUUCACUUCAACGGCCUUCCCUUGCUAAAUCGAGAACGCAAAAAAUGCCCAUAAAUAUUAACUACUCUAUAUGCCAACUUCAUUUGGGCUCUGAUUUGGCUUCAACUUCGUUCCGGAUCGAAUUUUACGACAUUUAAAUCUUUAUCUUGAUAGAGGCCUAAAAGGAGCAACUUCCUUCCUUUUCACGUAGUAUCAGUGUGUUGGUACAUGGUUGCUUUCGCGUUUUUUAUAUUUCUUUUUCUUGGAUCUGUGGAGGGGUUCAGCACAAAAGAGCCGACCUUGUACGUAUGAUGCCAGCAGAUGUGCAAGCCUUUUCUUGCAACGGUUGUAUUCACACCAUUUCCUUCUUACUUGGUGUUGUCACAUCUGUUGUUUCUGGCUUUCUUGGAAUGAAAAUUGCCACCUAUGCAAAUGCUAGAACUACCUUAGAGGCAAGGAAGGGUGUUGGGAAGGCCUUCAUUGUCGUAUUUAGAUCUGAAGCAGUCAUGGGUUUCCUCCUUGCUGCAAAUGACGUUCUUGUUUUGUACAUUGCCAUCAAUCUGUUUAAGCUAUACCAUGGUGAUGACUGGGAAGCCCUCUUCGAGUCAAUAACUGGUUAUGGCCUUGGUAGAUCUUCAAUGGUCUUCUUUGGAAGAGUUGGAGGAGGUAUCUACACCAAAGCUGCUGAUAUUGGUGCUGAUCUUGUAGGCGAGGUGGAGAGGAAUGUUACAGAAGAUGAUCCUAGAAAUCCUGUGCUCUUAAAGCCAAGACAGAGGGAAAAGAUGUUGGUGUUCCUAAUUGUGAGUGGGCUGCAACUACAAAAGCCCCGUGGAGCGCACCUGAGUUCUUCGAUCUUUCAGCUCUUGAAGGAGAAACAAUUAGAGAGUGGCUUUUCUUUGAUAAAGCUUGAAGGCAUUUGAGAGUGGAAAUAGAAAGCAAAGGUCUCUUCCAGAUUAUGAGGGACGGGGUUGGCACGAGUCAAGAAGAAUAAUGAAUGAGUUUGUAGGGCUGAAGAGAUAUCAUCAACC